AUGGCGGACGCCUCCGGGUACGUCUGGAACAAGUACUACAACAGGUACGUUCUGAAGACCAGCGAGAACAAGAGGAAGAAGAGUACACCGGCUGGACAGAACCGCCAGACCAACCAGGAGUUGCAGGAGGAACUCCAGGAGCAGCGCGCUGAGUCGGAGGAGGAACUCCAGGAGCAACGCGCUGAGUCGGAGGCGUACAAGCGGCAAGCGGGCAAAGCCGAGGAGCUGCAAGCGCAGCUGCUCAGCCAGCUGCAAACGACGGAUGGCUACCGAAUAGCGAACCUCGCGGAGGCCCGGACGGCCAUCUGCGAGAAGGACAACGCUCUGAUGGCGAAGGCUCUGUCUGAUCAGAAGGCCGAAAUGGCGAGCGAUGCUAAGGAAAAGAUAGAGCGCAAGAUGAACGACAUGGUGAAGCGGGAGCUCAUGCAGGAGGCAAGCUGGAAGGAGGAGAAGAAGACCAUGCAGGCAGCCUUGCAAGACGAGCUCAAAUGCCACGAGGAGACGGUGCGUGGACUGGAGGCGAAGGACGAGGCGAAGACAACCGAGUUGCGAGCUCUUCAGCGCGAGAUGAGCACAGAAUUGCAGUCUUUCCGGCAGCUCGACCGAGACGCCGCCGUUCUCCGCUCCGACAAGGCGCGGCUGCUGGAAGCGAACCAGCGGCGCCGCAAUGAGCACCAGGCCCUUAGAGCCGAGCAUGAGGACCGGGCUUCUGAUCUCCGGGAAGAGUUGGCGGAGAAGGACAAGAGACUCCGAGGGAUGGCGGAAGCUCAGGAGAGCAGAAUCGCCACAAUGGGGAGGAUCGAGGAGUCCGUCCAGGAGAUGGAGCAUCAUACCAUGGACCUGCUGGCGACGAAGAUCAAGCUUGAAGAGGAGGUCCAGGAGCGAUUGGCGGAGCUGCAGGUGGGGCGGUCUGAAGUGUUCCGGGACUUACUAAGAGUCAAGAAAGAACGGACACGUUCUCUCCGUGAGCGGGCACAAGCUUUGCAGCUCUCUCGAGACUUCCUUGAGGACGCAGCAUUACGCUCGCAGCUCCGCGCUGAAACAGCUUCCCAAGAAAUGGAGGCCACGGAGAAAACUGCGGCUGAGUUCCAGGCUGAACAGGAUAUGGAGAUCCAGAGCCUCCGCGCUUCGCUGAAGACGGCGGAGUUUGAGGAGGAGCUGAUCAGAACCGCACUUCGGCAGCAGCUGUUGGCCACGUCGCAGCGGAGCCCUUUCAGCCCUAUCCCGACCACAAGCCGCCUCCCGACCGAAUUCGAAGCCGCCCCAACUUCGCCGGCUCCGGUGCCUACCGAAGUGCCCAGCGAGGAGGACCCCUGA